CGCGAGCAGGGACCGGUGCAGCCGACAUUGCGCAUAGAUUGCGAUGAACGACGCGCUUGCUCGGCAGCGCCCACCCCAGCAGAGGUCGCGGUCGUCGACCCGCUCGCUGCGCCCGCCGCGCGACGAGAAUGGCGCCGAGCUGGGGUUCAAGGGCAUGCGCUAUGAGCACUUCAAGACAGGCAUCCCGCCGCGCGCGCAUGGCACACAACCGUCCCGCACUCUGCACCUCCUCGAGAGUUCGGUAGCGCACAGCGCCCGCAAACGAGCCCCAAUGCCUCGCCGCGUCUGCCACACGACACGACUCCCACCGCCCAAUUCUCCUCACCGCCGCCCUCCUUCCUCGACGCCGACUUCAAGCGCGACAGCGGAAUCGCUCCUUCUCCCGCAGCGCAUGCCGUCGUGACCUCCCCGCGCACCCAGCACGAGCGCAGUCCGCCAGGCUCAGUCACGUCCAGCCCGCCUGCACCACCACCGCUCCCGGCCGUUGUCGUUCAGAAUGAGACCGUCGAUGAGCAACCUGAGCGCAGCAGGUACUCUCUCAGCGCCUACCGCGCACGACGAAAAGCCUCGUCACAAAAGCCUCCCCUAGCCCGGCCCACCACUCCUUUGUCCAAGGUUAGGAAAAUGGCGAGUUUCCACGGCCUCGACGCGGCCAUUCCCGCCAGUGCCAAUGAUGAGAUCAGUCUGGAGGAUCUGGCGAGCAACAAGGUUGAAUUCUCUACGAGAGGCAGUCUGAUGUUCGGGGGAAAGAAGAUGCAGGAACUCAUUGGAGCUCAAGGACAGGACUAUCCAAAGACCGAUGACCAGCCAGCAGCGAAGAGCGCGGAUGGUCCAGAGUCAGCGCCUCAGACCGACAGCAUUGCACCCAGCUUUACCCCCAGCUCGCCUCAGAAACCAGAAGUCGCUGGAAGUCUGCACGAAAUGCCCCUGUCGAAUGUUGGAGUCGCAAGCACCACACAAGAUGUGCCUCAAGUGAAAGUCGAGGCUGCAGACAACAACUCGGAGACACCACGGAAAAGUGAUGAAGCCGGGCCUGCUCCAGAGACUCCGACGCAGCCAAACGAGGGGCCGACAGCAGUCAAAGAGAAAAGAAAAGGGUUGGUUGCCGGGCGUAGGAAACCCAGCAUACAAAUGCUUCAGGCUGCUAUACAUGGCGGCAGAGUGCUGUCGGCAGAGGAGAUGACCUUCUCCAUGAAGGUCAGGAGCAUGUAUGAACACGGGGAUGAGCGCGGGGCGAAUUGGGGGUUGCCAAUGAGUAGCUCCAUGAGUUACACGACGUCGGGAAAGGACACUCCAGAUACCAUGAUCCGAGAUACACCCACGCCCGAAGUCGUGGUGCACAAGGCGAGAUCAUACGACCAGGGCAAUGAUAGCGAUCAAUGGCCACUGUCCGACAAUCGAUUCAGCUACAUAUCAAAAUACUCCAGGACUUCUAACGAACUUGCUGGCGGCAUUGAAGAUUGGGAGAACAUAGAUGGAUCGCUCGUGGAUCGAUAUGGGUUCAUUCACCUGAAUCGAGGAGACUCUUCCGGUUCGAGCAAAUCGGGCCCUGACGGUGGCAUGCAACGCGUAGCGACAUCUCUGAGGAUCAAAUCACAGUCACGGAGGACGAGAGAGCGGGGGCUUCAGCGAGGCUUGAGUAGUGCUCGCUCGUCACGGUCCUUGCCACCGCCCUCCAGAGACUUUGGCACGAGAGGUGGUCCAGGUUCAGUGCAUAGUACGUACUCGACAUCGUCCAAGAGCAGCAGGAACCCCUUUCGAUCCCGGAGCAUGCGAGUUCUCGCGGAAGCUUCAGAUAUGCUCUCAUUGCCGCCUGGACUCGCUGAUAUCGCCGAAGCUGAAGACGCGGGUGCAACUGCAUCAGCACAGAAGCAGCGUGAAUGGGCACGUGGUGAAAAGUGGCAGAAAAUGGCCAAAACUGUUGUACGACGAAACGAAGGCAAAGGCGGGGGAAUGCACUUCGAGUUCGACACUACUGACCCCAAACUUGUCGAAAGAACAUGGAAAGGCAUUCCCGAUAGAUGGCGUGCCGCCGCAUGGCACAGUUUCCUUUCCGAAUCCGCAAAGCGCAGAGGCAACCGAACCACAGACGAAGAAUUGAUAGGACAAUUCCACAAGCUGCAGGAGAUGAGUUGCGCAGAUGACGUCCAGAUCGACGUUGAUGUUCCCAGGACUGUGCAGCUACAUAUCAUGUUUCGGCGGAGAUACCGAGGUGGACAACGGCUGCUCUUCAGGGUGUUGCAUGCCAUGGCGCUCUACUUCCCAGAAGUCGGAUAUGUGCAAGGCAUGGCUAGCAUAGCGGUCACACUGCUAUGCUAUUAUGACGAAGAGAACGCUUUUGUGAUGAUGGUACGCUUGUGGCAACUUCGAGGACUGGAGUCCUUUUUCACCGAAAACUUCAGCGGCCUAAUGGCUGCAUUGGCCGAGUUCGAGCAAGACUGGCUGUCACGAGGAGAUGUGGCGGCCAAACUUACUGACCUGGGCAUUACUUCUGUGACCUACGGCACCCGCUGGUAUCUCACGCUCUUCAACAUGUCUGUGCCCUUUCCCGCGCAACUGCGAAUCUGGGACGUCUUCAUGCUCCUGGGCGACGCUCCUGUGUCUACAGGAGCCCCUAACGCGUUCGGCGGCGCUGAUCUGGACGUGCUCCACGCUACGAGCGCGGCGCUGAUCGACGCCACGAGGGAAAUCUUGAUCGACAGCGACUUUGAGAACGCAAUGAAAGUCCUCACAUCGUUCGUUCCGAUCAAGGAUGAAGACAUGUUGAUGAAGGUUGCUCAUAUCGAGUACAAACUGCGGAAGAAGAGAGGCAGCACGAUCAAGGCGUAGGGAGUUCUGAUCAACAGUCACAGCAGAAGCUCACUCCGGAUGUGAUUGCACCUUUUUCGGGGGAACCACCACCACGAAUUUGAGCUAUGCUGGGAAGGAGAGAUCUCCUAGCACUUUUCUACAAGUAUUUCUUUUGGGCUAUCAAGAAGGGUUCACAAAACACAAAAGCAUUGGGGAAGCGAUGGGGUUUACGGUGCACGAGGUUUCAGGUGCACGAGAAAGGGAGGAACGACGACGAUUUGCACAAUACACAGGCGACGAAGACCGACAGUGGAGAGGUGGCAGGUUCUCUCUUUUCCUUUUCCACCUUUUGUGUUCUGGUUUUUUUCUUUUUAUGAAGAUACCCUCGAUCGACAUGUGCGCGGCGCAGC